AUGGUGACACUAGGACUGCUGGACACUUUCUGGAUCUUAGACAUCGUCACUCUCAUCUUCAUCCUGUCCAGAAAGGUGGAAGAGGAUGAGUACGAGGAUUCUUCAUCAAACCAAAAGUGGGUCUUGGCUCCAAAAUCUCAGGACACCGAUGUGACUCUUAUUCUCAACAAGUUGCUGAGAGAGUAUGAUAAAAAGCUGCGGCCAGAUAUUGGAAUCAAACCAACCGUAAUCGAUGUCGACAUUUACGUCAACAGCAUUGGUCCCGUGUCAUCGAUCAACAUGGAAUACCAAAUUGACAUAUUCUUCGCUCAGACCUGGACCGACAGUCGCCUUCGAUUCAACAGCACGAUGAAAAUACUUACUCUGAACAGCAACAUGGUGGGGUUGAUUUGGAUCCCAGACACAAUCUUCCGCAACUCCAAGACCGCAGAGGCGCACUGGAUUACCACCCCGAACCAGCUCCUCAGGAUCUGGAAUGAUGGGAAAAUCCUGUACACACUGAGGCUGACCAUCAACGCCGAGUGCCAGCUGCAGCUGCACAACUUCCCGAUGGACAAGCACUCCUGCCCGCUGAUUUUCUCCAGCUAUGGCUACCCCAAAGAAGAAAUGAUUUAUAGAUGGAGAAAAAAUUCAGUCGAGGCGGCUGACCAGAAAUCGUGGCGGCUUUAUCAGUUCGACUUCAUGGGCCUCAGGAACACCACAGAAAUCCUAACGACGUCCGCAGGUGACUAUGUUGUCAUGACCAUCUACUUUGAGUUAAGCAGAAGGAUGGGCUACUUCACCAUCCAGACCUACAUCCCCUGCAUACUCACCGUGGUUUUAUCGUGGGUGUCAUUUUGGAUCAAAAAAGAUGCUACACCAGCAAGAACGGCGUUAGGCAUCACCACGGUGCUCACCAUGACCACCCUCAGCACCAUCGCCAGGAACUCCCUGCCGCGAGUGUCCUACGUGACCGCCAUGGACCUCUUCGUGACCGUGUGCUUCCUGUUCGUCUUUGCGGCACUGAUGGAGUACGCCACCCUCAACUACUACUCCAGCUGCAGAAAACCAGCCACCACCAAGAAGAAAUCGUCGCUGUUGCAUCCAGAGUCCUCGAGAUGGAUUCAUGAGCGCAUAAGCCUUCAGAACCCCUCGAACUACUCUCUCCUUGACAUGAGGCCGCCGCCACCUGCAGUGAUCUCGUUAAACAAUUCUGUGUACUGGCAAGAGUUGGAGGACACCUGUGUGUACGAGUGCCUGGACGGCAAGGACUGCCAGAGCUUCUUCUGCUGCUAUGAGGAGUGCAGAUCGGGGUCCUGGCGGAAAGGGCGGAUCCACAUAGACAUCUCAGAGCUGGACUCCUACUCGCGCGUCUUCUUCCCCACGUCGUUUCUACUCUUCAACUUGGUCUACUGGGUUGGGUACUUGUAUCUCUAAGUGCUGCCCGUAGCGAUGAGUGAAGAGUGCUCGGUUCACGUUCCUUACCUUCCGUCACCCCCAAGGCUAGUAGUGAUCAAAGUCAGAGUCUCAAAAAGAGCACUGCUUGGUUUGUCUUCAGUUAUAAAUUACCUUUCAGCAGCACAGGAUGUAUCUGGAAAAUAGUCCUAAUAUAUAUUACACGCACACACACACACACACACACACACACACGUUAACUGAACUUUAAAGUGGUAUUCUUGCUAUUCCUUUGAAUCUGUAGCGUGGCGAUGUUUAUCAGUAUUAGAAUGGAUUUUGGUAUUGGAAACAGCUGCCAAUUACUUUUGCAAAGAAACCCAUGGAGCAG